AUGAAUUCACAUCUUCGUUGUGCGGCUCAUAUUCUCAAUCUUGUGGUUAAGGAGGGAAUGCAAAGAGCCGCACCAUCGAUCACAAAAAUUCGUAAUUUCACCAGUCAUAUCCGUAAGUCUCAACCAGCAUUUGAGGAAUUGAAAAGAAUAUUUGAAAUGAAAGGCAAACCGUUCCUUGUCCCGGAACUUGAUGUGCCAACUCGGUGGAAUAGCACAUAUAAUAUGAUCAUAAAGUCGCGUGAGAUUCGGGAAAUGACGGAUAUUUUAGUUGCCAGCACAAAAUCGAUGAAAUCCAUGUACCUAACUGAUGAAGAUUGGGUUGAGAUUGAUCUACCAAGCUUUUAUCUGGAUCCUCCUACCCUACUAUGGAUAUUAAAAAAUGCAUGCCCUGCAUCUGUCAUGCUUGAUCCUAAUGUUAAAUCAGAAUGCUAUAGUGAAGAAGUGAAACAGACAAUGCAUCGUCAAUUACAGGGCAUCUAUAAAAAGUAUGCGAGCAAUGAAGAUAUGGAAUGUGUACAACAAUCAACAGAAACAGUCGAAUCACGGAGUUAUUUUUUACAGCGCCUGCGGCGCAGUUCCGAUGCACAUCAAACAAGCAAUACGCUUAACGAUUAUCUCAUGACUCCACUAGAAACGUGUAAAACGUUAGAUUACUGGAGGAUGCGCAUGACGGACAAACGGUUUGUCAAGCUUGCGCUUAUGGCAAGAGACUUCCUCGUUGCCCAAGCCACAAGCGUUCCAAGUGAACAUGUAUUCUCAAUAGCAAAACAUACAAUAAGCCCCGUACGCAACCGGUUGGAUGAGAAGAAAGUCCGUGCAAGCCUCUGCUUGAAAUCCUGGUAUGAAACAGGGCUACUUGAGA